UCACUCUGCUAAUUAAAAAGACCUAAAAAAUGCAAAAGAAUUGCUUUCAUCAUCUGUUUAUCGAAUGUGUGCUAUGUGUUUCUGAAGUGUUUUCAAAUUUUUUAGCAUUAAAAAAUUGCUAUAUUUCUUGUCUUACAAAAUAAAAUGCGUGCUGUAGUUCAAAGAUGUAAAAGCGCUAGUGUGAUAGUUGAUGACGAAGUUGUCAGCUCUAUAGAAAAUGGGAUAUGUGUUUUCAUAGGAAUUUCUCGAGAUGAUACAGGAAAAGAUAUUGAAUAUAUGAUACAGAAAUUGCUCAAUUUAAAAAUAUACCCAGAUGAGAAUGGAGAAAAAUGGUCUUGCAGUGUAAAGGAUAAACAAUAUGAAGUUUUGUUAAUCAGUCAGUUUUCUCUUUAUUGUAUCUUCAAAGGGACUAAGCCAAACUUUCAUUUAAGUAUGGAACAAAAUAUUGCUGAAAAAUGUUAUUCAGAUUUUGUUAAAGCUAUGAAACAAGCCUAUAGUGAUGAACAUGUAAAAGAUGGAAAAUUUGGAAUAAAACGCCAAAUUAAUGUUCAGCAUGAUGGGCCAGUUUUGAUAAAUUUAGAAUCUCCUAGAGAACCUGUGCUUGAACAAACACAGUCAGAAAAGCCAGAAGCAGACCAGUAAUAUUAGAUUAAGCAUUCAAAAUAUUUCCGCUUGGAACUUUUCAUUUAUACAGAGUUAUACCUAAUAAAGACAUAUUUUUUUUACCA